AUGGGUCACUGCCAUAUCCUGACGAUACAAGAUAACUUCUCCAAGCACUGCACCGCUGUACCCCUUAAGGAUAUCAAGGCUCACACCAUCGCUCAUGCACUAGCAACCAACAAAUUGUUCAAUCAACUGGGAAAGGUCCUGAGAUUCCACCAUAUAAGAUAUAGACCUCAGUCAAAUGGAGCCCUUGAGAGAAGUCAUCACGUACUAGCCGAAUAUCUGAAGACCCUUACCGACGAAUUCACCGACUGGGAUGAGCUACUCCCCUUCGCCAUGCUAUCGUACAACACUACUGUGCAUAGCUCAACAAAUUCCACACCAUUUGGGGUCCUGUAUGGAAAAAGGGCAGUUCUCCCCUCCAACGUUACCGACGAAGAUGAGCCAAUACAUACCUACAAUGAUUACAUGGUAGAUCUAAUUAACAAAUUGCAGAAAAUUCACCAACUCGCCUUCGACCACCUAGAAAAGGCCAAACUACAUUCCAAGAGCCUUUACGACCGAAACGCUAGACCAAUAGACCUCAAAAUAGGGCAAUUCGUCUACGUCGAGAAGGAGCCCAAGAUCGGAAAAUUGGAUCAGGCCUACACCGGACCGUACGAGAUUGUCGACAUAACCGAAAAAGGAAACGUGUACCUAGAAAGUGAAGACGGACACCACUUCAUGAAACACCCAAACAAACUGAAACCCUGCGCAGAAUGA